AUGACCGCUACAAAGAAAGUGGAUUCUCCUUCAUAUUACAAGACUUCUCACUCCAAUGGGCAUGUGCAACCGAGCCAUGCAAUAUCCAAACCGGCCGCACAAACGUAUCGCCAACAGGAGCAAAAUGGGUAUUUUAAAAGGCUGAGUUUCCCUUUAAAAACAGGAAACACAACCAAAAGUCGCCAUCACGGGUACUCAUCAAACCCACUGGAGGAAGACGAGGAUGAUAGCAGCACCAGUUCCCAACAACAGUCACAAUCACAAUCACAAUCACAAUCAAAACCACGACAAGAUUUGAUUGAUUGCAUUAAUGAACAUUUAUUCGGCAAAUCCUCAUCUGAUAAUACCGGGGUUUGCAAUUUUCCUGUAGGAUUGAAAAUCAAAUUCAAAAACACAAGGGCUAAAGCUGAAGUUGAGCGCUUGGUUGCGCAAUUUUCAAAGCUAUCAAUUACUGAAGGGGAAAGUGAUUCAAUGUACCCACACAAGCACUUUGUAAUCAAUUUCAAGUCAAAACCACAGGUUGAAGACUUGAUGUAUAAACUUUAUGACAAAAAGAUUGAGUUUGAGUUGGAUUAUUCAAAGUUUGUUUCCCAUCCAGGGGUACUUUUCAUCAAAAACUUGUCAUGCGACUUGGUUUCUGGAGAUAAUGACUCCUUGUCUGAUGUGUCGGUCGACACAAAUUCAGAUGACGGCUCAAAAAGGUUCCAAAAAUUGCAUCAGUUUUUGAGCGAUAAUUGCCACUUCAAAUCAUUGCAAGACAUCAGAUUGUUCCAUAACGACUCUCAAUCACACAGCUCCAACGAUUCUAGAAACGGAUCACCACAUUCCACUUCAAGUCCAACCGCUUUCGCAAUUGUCAAGUUUGCAAAUUACUUGGAUGUCGAUAUCUUGGUUGACAAACUCAGCAAGCACACACCAAAUAUCUUCAACGACAAUCCAAAUGUGCCCUUAUUUGUCAAUAGAUACAUCAAUAAGCGGGAACGGUUGUCAUUUGCUUCUGCAUCAGGUGUGCCACAUAACUUUAUCUCCCGUCGCAGUAGCAGCACAUCAAUCACUGAUGCGUCAAUGUCAACAUCGUCGUCAACUUCAGGAUCAACCACUUCACUGUCUUCAAGGCAUCAUCACUCUGGCUCAGCGUCAUCAAGAAACUCCAAUGACAACUUUAGUUUAAUCGUAUUGGAAAAUUUGAUCAACUUCUUCCCUCCUGAAUUCACCAAGGACAAAUGCGAUCAGUUUUUGAAUAAGCUUAAAAUGUUUGGCAAUCCAAUUGAGUCGAUUUAUAUUCCCAUCAUUGACAAUGGCGAAGACUUGAACACCUUGCACCCUCUUGACUUUGGAUACAUCAGGUUUAAAACGAAUGCAAACUCUAUGGAGAACACUUUUCGCAUGUUGUAUUAUAUGAAUGAUUUGCUGUGGGAUGAAGUCAUGGCUUUGGAUAUGAAGAACUUGGCACCAUUGAUGGAGGACGAUAGUCACGAUGGUACUUCUAGCGUUGGUAAAUCUUCGAAGGGGAAUGAUAACGACGUCGACAAGAAUGACGCUAGAGGAAAAGACUCAACCGUGACGGCCAUUAACAGAAACUUGUUUGUCACAAUUGCCCAGCACAAACACAACAAUUACUUGUUUUCACAAGCAAGUCAAUGUUAUCUAUCCUUCAAUCCUAGUUUGUUGAAUAAGAAUCAGCUGCCCCUCGUAAUAAACUACCCUAAUCCGGUAUAUACCAUCAAUUCCUUCAUCAGAAAUGUCAACUACCAGGAAACAAAUUUGUAUGUCAAUAAUUUCUCGGCUGUAUUCAACAACGAUGAUGCAACUUGGGAAUCAUUUUGGAAGCAGUUCGGCUUGAUCAAGUCAGCCAAAAUCAUCAAACCACACUUUUACCAAGAUGGAAAUGCUAUUGAAGGUGAGGAGCAAAAAGCUGGCCGUAUUGGGUUUGUAUUUUAUGAGACGUUUAAGAUGGCAAUCAGGGCAAUUUUGAUGACAAACAAUAAGCUUGUGCAUGUGGACGGGUUCAACCCCAUGGUUAUUCAGUCUUCAUUUGCAAUUCAAAAGUCAAACUCCAACUACAAAGCGUACCAUUUGCCACCAGCACCACCAAUGGGUACACCGACUAUGCCGUUGCCUCUUGAUGUCCCCUUUAAUGGAAAUAAAUCGUUGGGAUGUGCUGCUGCUGCUGCUGCUGCUCAUGCUGGCCCCGGAGGCGGUAUGCAGUACUACACGUAUCAACCAAUAAUGCCUUACUGCUAUGCAUAUCAUCCAAAUCCAUACCUCUAUGGAGCCCAAGGUAUGCUCAAUGCUGCUGGUGUCACGCCUAAUUUUGAACCGUCAAUUUUGUCAGCUGAUGGGAGGGUGCACGUUGGAGCUGGUCAGUCCAACGGGAACAAGUCAACUACAAGUCACGGGGAUGAUUAG